AUGAAGACCAAUAGAUCGUUCGAUACGUUUAGUAACCUCUCGUUGUACGAUGUGCUCGGUGUUGAGAUCGGAGCAGAUACACGAGAGGUGAAGUUGGCGUACCGGAGAUUAGCUAGGGUUUUGCAUCCAGAUGUGAGAAGUUGUGAGUCGUCGGCAGAUGAGUUUAUGAAAGUGCAUUCGGCUUAUGUUAUGCUUACGGAUCCUUUGAAACGAGCGGAGUAUGAUCGGAGUUUGGUGCAGAGAAGGACGGGAGGUGUGUGUUUGGUGAGAUCUGCUGGUGGUUGUAGGAGGUGGGAGACUGAUCAGUGUUGGUAG